UGCUCUACUUACUUUAUUCUUCUCUUUUGGAAGCAGUUUCUCCUCCACGUGGGCCAUGAAGCUGUUGCUGGGAGCCAUUCUUCUCCCUGUCUGUUACGGGCACAGAUCUGUGGAUGAAUAACUCUAGUCCAGAGGGUUAAACUCCAUACUAAGAGCCAGCAGACUCUGCCACUGACUUCCUGUGGGACCUUUGGCAAGUCACUUCAUCUCUGUUUCCUGGUCUGGAAUAAUAGUACUCAGCCCUCUUUGUAACGGGCAUGGAAACAAAUGGACGAGAGCACAUACUCCCCACCUGCUCAUCUGGGAGAAGGUCAUUAUCCCCCGGCUAUUCACUGCCGAUGGAGCAUGCAAGAAUAGAUGCUUCUUCUAUUGUCCUGCCUAUCUCUGAUUGGCUCCGGAGUGUGGGAAACUCAACCAAGUCAGAGACCCACAGAUUCUCAACGGGGUUGUGCCAUAUAAAUAAGGGCAGAGCCAGCUUCCAGCAGCACGCUUCCACGGGACUUCAGCCCGACUGAGAUCUGCCUCCUUAGCUCAGGACAGAUGGCUCCCAGCACUGUUUUCAUGGAGCACAACCUGCUGACACCAAAAGAGAAAAACAAACUGAGGAAGCCGGUGGUGGAGAAAAUGCGCCGGGACCGGAUUAACAGCAGCAUCGAGCAGCUGAAACUCCUGCUGGAGAAGGAGUUCCAGAGACACCAGCCCAACUCCAAGCUGGAGAAGGCCGACAUCCUGGAGAUGACGGUCAGCUACCUGAAACAGCAGAGCCAGCUGCAGAUGAAGACUGCCGGAGCCGUCCAUAAAAACGCUCAGUUCGACUUCAAGGAAGGCUAUUCCAGGUGCCUGCAGGAGGCUUUCCAUUUCCUGUCUCUCCAUAAAGUCCAAACAGAAACGCAGAGCAAGCUCUUGAGUCACUUCCAGAAGAGCCAGGUGGCUGCUCCAGAGACCGUCUGCUCCCCUUCCAGCCAGAACACCCCAAAGCAAGCAUCCCUGAAGAACAUCAGUGCUCUCUGGAGACCCUGGUAGACUGUGGGUGGGAGGGCAGAAAAUGCUUGCUCUAUGGACCUUUCUCUUUUAUAUUCCAGAGGAUGGGUAUGACUGCAUUUGAUAGUCCAAUCCUGAUCCUCUCUAUGUAGGGAAUAUUAUUUCCCCUCUUUUAUUUAUAUGUGGGAAGAAUGGAAUACGUUUGAUUUUUCAGUCUCACGUGGAUCCUCUGAAAAAGGUUCAAGUAUUCUGUUGAGUGGUAUUUAAGCUGUGCAAAAACUGGUGACAGUAACGUACACCAGGACUCCGGGUGGAUGGGCAUGUGUCUUCACAAUGAAGGAAAUUUUUGUAGGUGGCUAAAUGUUAUCAGUGUUACAGUUGGGUUAAGAUUGUGACAGAUAGCAGUCUCUGUAGGAGAGAAUUCUCUGAUUUUCCUUGUAAAAGCUGUCAGCUUUGCUCUGGCUUUCUGAGCCAUGUUUGCUCACUCUGAAUUUAGGGCCUCACUCUGUUGGUAGAUGGUGUUACAAGUUCUGUUGCUCUGUUGGCUUGCCGCUUGCAUAGCAGCAAAGAUAGAUUCCUAGCUUCUCUUCACCCCAUCACACUCUGUACAUUAGAGCUAGCAAGAGGUCACUAGAUAAAGCUGUGUGGGAUAUUUCUACCAUGUUGCUGCUUUUUCUGUUUAGGAAAACGAUACCUGAAUGCUUUAUAUUAAAGAAAAAGGAAAGUAGACGCAGAGUUUGGUGUUUCAAUGUUAUACGUUUUGGCUGUCAGGCUAGCUCUUUCCAGCAUGUUCAUUAUUAUAAUGAUGGUCUUUGUACUGAGCAGUUUCAUUCCUUGUGGAUGGUGGGUUUCUCCCCCGGCUGGGAAGAGCCCUAUGGGCACUGUGCAUACUGUGUAUGCAGUAGUAUCCGGUCUGUAGAGAGAAAUAAAAAUGCAUUUGUGUGCAAUUGCCAGCUUGGUUUCCUUCUUGUCAGCUCUGUGCUGGGAUACUCUCUGCUAAUGUAACACCACCACAUGCAUUACAAGAGCAGACUUCUCAG